CGUCCUGUGGUUCGUACUUGGCACCGAGACUCGUCCACGUUGUUCUCACUGUCUGACUUCGCUCCAGUUCCCCUCCCUCUAUCCCUCCCUCACUCUCUCUUCCUCGGUUUACAGUAUACACCUAUCUAUCUCCCACAAGCAUCAGCAGUCUCUUCAUCAGUCUCCGCGUUACGGGCGCUAGUACGGCGUAAAGCAUGGCACCUCUCCGUCCCGAAGAACCGGGUUCAGCCGCUGCGUACCUCUGCGUCUUUCUGUUGACCGUCUCGGCCUGGAUGGCACUACCGGGACCCGUGCGCUGUGGCAGCGUGGCUUUAAACCGGCGAGGCUGGGAGGAUCGCACGUUUGACUUGAACGGCGGAGAAAGAGGCUUCCUGCCGGGCCAGAAAGCAGUCGGGGCGGGGAGCACACCCCGCUUCAGAAGAGCCCUGUCCUGGGAUAAACAAAUGUCCCUGCUCAGCAGCUCGUUCGUGCUCAAAGGGGAUGCGACCCACAACCAGGCGAUGGUCCACUGGACAGGAGAGAACAGCAGCGUCAUCCUUAUCCUAACCAAGUACUACCACGCUGACUCCACCAAGGUCCUGGAAAGCUCACUGUGGCGGUCUUCUGACUAUGGCACCACCUACACCAAACUCAACCUGAUGCCAGGAACAACCAUUGUGGUGACAAGUUUCUACAUUUGCCCAACCAACAAGAAAAAGGUAAUUCUGGUGGGUUCCUCUAUAAAUGAACGAGAUCAAAUGCUGUUUAUCAGCACAGAUGAAGGUUCCUCCUUCCAGCGGCAGUCCAUCGACUUCACACCUGACACGCUCAUCUUCCACCCCAAGGAAGAAGACAAGCUGCUGGCCUAUUGCAAGGAGGGCAGGCUCUUUGCUUCAGCAGAUCUGGGCCGCAAGUGGACAUUACUGCAGGAGAGGGUGACAAAGGACAGAGUUUUCUG